AUGGACGGAACGUUCCCCCCGACUCAAAUGGAGGAGACUGAUCGUUACUUCUUUCGGCGCCGUCAGCAGUUUGAAGCUGCCCUAGCCGCGCAAAAGUCAGAAAGAGGAGUUCGCAUUCGGCCUUUGAGUGCCUCCUCUAGUUAUCCUAGUGCAGGGGAGGCCUCUGCCUUGCAAGUGAACGUACAAAAAAUGAAGUACGCAGAGAACGAAAUCGCAAGUCUGACGGUACGCGAGGCCGACGAGCUGCGGGCAGUCAUUGCAGCUCAGGCGCGGCGCAUAGAGUCUUUGCAGCUUCAGCUACAGCAGCAGCAGCAGGUGCUACAGCAGCAGGAAGUAGAGGUACAACAGCAGAAGGCCAAUGCCAUUCAGGCCUCUUCCCUUAUAGCAGAACAGGAAAAGCAGCUCCAUGAAUUGAGGGCAGAAGCAGCAACUGCAGCAGCGGCACAUGACAAACAGAGAAGUCUUCUACUGCAGCGAGAAGCUCGCGCAGAGCAACUGGAAGAACAGCUCGAACAAUCUGUUGCGAGGAGCAAGGAGGUCGUUGCCCUGCGGCAGAAAGACGUACAGCAGCUGCAGCAGCUGAGACGGGAGCAGAGCAGUCUGGCACGGCACAUUCGAGCAGAGAAGUCGAUGGAGAAUGCAGCAAAGGAGGCUGUCAUUGCUGCUCGGCAUGCAGCGGAGUUGCGAAAGGUCACUGCCCAAAGAGAUGCCCUAGCAGCAGCAAUCAAGAAGCAGUUUAAGUUGAUAGAGGUUCUCAAGCAGCAGAAAGCGCAUCUGGAGGCGGCGCGCUGGCUGCAAUUCACAGAGGAGGAGUUUCUAAAGGUCGUAGACACAGACGGAACAUUCACGCAUACACAGGUGGAACACCAGCAGCAGCAGCCGCAAAAACAAUAA